AUGCAAGCAACAGCCAUGAUGGAUGAUUCUAAUGAAGGAACAGCUUCUAACGUCUCCGAUAACAAUCCUUCGCUUGGUAAAGGCGAUGUCAUCAUUGGGGAUCUGUCUUCAUCGGAUGCUUUUGUCCCAGAUAUCGUAGCUGAGAUUGUUGGAGAUUUGUCAUCUUCAGCAAGAUCAACGGCAUCGCCAGAUCGGAAAUCCAAAAGUCGUGGAUCAAGAAGCAGUCAAUCCAAACGCAAACCUGCAAGACAGUCCUCAAAAUCUCGUUCCAAUUCGAUUGAGGAUGAUCUUGAUUUAUUGAACGAUCAGUCACGCGGUCGAAAAUCUGGUCACUCUUCCUCAGAUCGAUCCACUCGCACUCACCACCGAUCCUCUAAAUCUCGUUCCAAUUCAAUUGAGGAUGAUCUUGCUUUGAGCGAACGGUCACACGAUCGUAGAACUGGCCAUUCUUCCCCCCAUCGAUCCGGUCGCAGUCCCCAUCGAUCUACUCGCAGUCCCCAUCGAUCUACUCGCAGCAGCUCAUCCAAGACUCCUGGUGCCUCCAAGUCCUCCAAGCAAAGAACCACCGCACGAUCACAGGUGGCUGUUCCUGGUGCUACAAGUAUCUCAGACUCGAGCGAUGGCAAAUCAGCUAGCCACAGGAAAGCAUCCAAGUUGGAGAGCACACGUGCACCAAGACGUCAUCGUGAUUCCAAAAAGUCAAAUGAAAAACUGAAGAUCACAACUUCAUCCAAAGUCUCAACUCCUGGGGCUACAAGUGUCUCGAACGAUAGCCACUCAGCAAGCAACAGAAAAUCAUCCAAGUUUCGAUCCAACCGAUCAGAGACUUCAGCUCCAGGGGCUAAAAAUGUGUCAGGCUCUAGCCAAUCAAGGAACGGGAAAUCAUCCAAGUCCGCAGGGGGAAAGGAAGGAGGCAAGGGUGCCAAAAGGUCUGCCGGUGGAUUUCAUGUCGUAUCACAAGGCUCGGUAUCGCGUGAGACUCGAAAGGCGGCAAGAAAUCAGCGACCAAAUAGUCCAAUUGCUCCAUUAGCCACUCCGUUGGAUGAAAAGGAUAUCAAUAUCGCGGGGACUUCCGCCGAAGAAGAUAACGAAAUAGAACUUGGCAGCGAGCAAGCUCUGAAAGCAAGGAAAGAUGAAGAAAGCGAUGAUGACAGUACCAUUGUUGCUGCCCCGGCAAUCCCACCCAAAUUGUGCUGCGGAAAGUACAGGAUUGCUGCGUUCUGCUGCGGAAAGUGCGGGAUUAUUGCCUGUGUGCUCCUUUUGUUGAUUGCUGGAGGAAUUACAGCAUGGCAGCUUCUGAGUAACGAUGGAAAUACAGAAACUUCUCGCGGUAUCGAAUCUACCAAAAUAUCUACAUCCAGCUCCCCAAGCGCAAGCCCUUCCAAGCAGGAAGGUACUACUGGUGUCGACGGCUUGACAUCACAAGAGAUCUGCGAUGCAAUCGCCAUUGGCAGGCCUGUCGUGGGACAGGAAAACGCAGCGCUUCAAGAGUACGACUUAUUGGUGGACGUUGUAUUGGAUUCCGAGACUGAAGAAUUGCCGCCGCAUACCCUGGAGCUUGAAGAAGCGAUUCAGCGUGUUAUGAUGCCUUCUUUAGCUGGCUGCAUUGGUCAAGGUAGGGACAUUGAAAGUCCUAUAGUCAAUUUAUUGGUCGAUGCUGAACCUAGUAUCGAUGCUGUUUGCUUACCACAUUCGGAGAUUCCUUGCCAUCGCUAUGUGAUUCAUCUUGACAUGUAUGUUGAACGGAUCGUAGCUUCCUCUGACUUUUCGGAAGAGAUUAUGGAAAAGUUUCGCGAACAACCAUUGGUAGCACUUUUAGAGUUGGUUUCACCCUUCAAGAACAUCACCGUUGUUGAUAUUGUGCCCGACAUUGAUUUUUCUACUGAUUCGACAAGUCCAUCUGAAUCGCCGUCUACAGAUCCAACAGGAGCGCCAGCUACGUACCCAACAACGGAACCUCCCACAAGGUCGCCGACAAAGGCGCCGUCCAUUAAUCCGACAAGAUCACCUGUCACAUAUCCAACAACGGAGGACCCCACAGCAACACCGAGCAUAGCUCCAUCACGAGUUCCUAGCAGCAUUCCGACUUCUAUCCCAACAUUGUUUCCGGUAGUUGGCCUGACUCUACGCCCUAGCACGCUUGAAUCCAGUAUCCCCACAAGUGUAUCAACCAGUACAUCACCAAGUAAAUCGCCGAGUGCUUCAUUGGGUGCAUCAUCCAGUCCAUCAUUGGAUGUUUCAUCCAGUUCGUCGCCGAGUGCAUCACCGAGUGUAUCAUCCAGUGCAUCAUCCAGUGUCUCCCCAAGUGCAUUGUCCAGUGCCUCGCCGAGCGUCUUAUCGAGUGCAUCACCGUCAACUAAUCCAUCAUCCAGGCCCUCAAUGUCGCCAACAUUUCAGAUUUCGUCGACACCUUCCUUUCGGCCGUCUGUCAAAGCUUCCCUUUCGCCAUCAAGUGAACCUUCUUCUCAACCUUCACGGUUGCCAUCCUCUGAACCCUCGAACGCCCCAUCGACUUUAGAACCUUCUGCACCACCUUUGGCUGGACCAAAGGUUUGUUUUGUAACUUCCGCAGAGCUCUCUUUUGCAGUGGGCAACUGGUUCUCGUCCGCUGAGUUGCGAGCAUCCGUCGAAGCCCAAUAUGGACUGAUGAGGGACUGGUGUUUUGGUCCCGGGGUUACUAGCAUGCAGGCCCUCUUCAUUGAGAGGUCUACUUUCAAUGAAGACAUCGGGAACUGGGAUACCUCUUUUGUCACUACUAUAAAUGAGAUGUUCAAGGACGCAUCAUCGUUCAACCAAGACAUAUCAUCGUGGGAUACAUCCUCCAUCACGAGCAUGCAAGAUACUUUCAACCGCGCAUCGGCGUUCAACCAAGACAUUUCAUCAUGGGAUGUUUCUUCCGUCACUCAGAUGAGGAGCAUGUUCCAAUCUGCAACGUCGUUCAAUCAAGACAUAUCAUCAUGGGAUACGUCAAACGUCAUUGUCAUGCGACAGGUGUUCGCCGGGGCAGAAUCCUUCAAUCAAGAUUUGUCAUCAUGGGAUACUUCAAGAGCCACAAACAUGCAAGAGAUGUUCUUUAAAAGUGGCUUCAAUCACGAUUUGUCAUCAUGGGAUCUUUCUUCCAUCAGAAAUAUGAAAAAUAUGUUUUGGAGAGCAUCGGCCUUCAGUCAGAACUUAUGUGCAUGGGGCCCAAAGCUUGCUGCCGAGACGGUGGUUUCAGGCAUGUUUGCGAACACCAACUGUCCAUCAAAGUCCGCUCCAAACCUUCUGGUGAAUCCCCGGGGUCCAUUUUGCCAUUUGUGUGUCUAA